GGCAAUAGAAAAGCAUGCACCGACCAGCUAUCAUUGGCAGAAGAAGCAGUGAAGCACUCACAGGUAGGAGCGCCAUGGCGAGAGACGACGAAGGCCGUCGGGACAGGAGUAGGAGGGAAUACGAGAGCGAUGGAGAGGAAGACACUCGUGCCGUGUCGAGGAAAGACCGGAGUUCAAAAAGAGACAGGAGCGAACGCCGGACCGAUCAGGAUAAGAGUAGAGAGCAAGGGCGCAGGAAAGAUGAGGGCAGGAGGGAGAGGGCGGCAAGCAGCGAUGAUGAGAGGGAAAGGGGCAGGCGGAAGACCAAGGGCAGCAGCCAACGGAAGCGGAGUGGGGGUUCGAGAAGGCGCUCCGAUGAUGAGUCAGAGGCAACUACAGAAGACGAAUCCAAUGAUAGUGAGAGGGACCAGAGGAGGAGGCCAAAGAGUAGUAAAAGAAGGAAAAGGAGGCGGGAAGAAGAAAGCAGUGACGAUAGCGAAGAAGAGAGAAAGGCGCGGCGUGCUCGAAAGAGGAGGGAUAGAGAAAGUGAAGAGGAAUCUGAAGAUAGUGAAGGAGGCGGGGGAAGAAGGAAGGUCACGCAGGAGGAAAUAGAGGUGUAUCUGAAAAAGAAAGCUGAGAAGAAGGCUAAGAAGUUGGCUGCAAAGAUGAAGACAUCGACCGUGGCAGGCUACACGGAUGAAAGCAAUCCUUUUGGUGACGCCAAUCUCACGGAAAGGUUUGUCUGGCGGAAGAAGAUCGAGAAGCACAUUGCUGCGGGAGAGGAUCCAAAGGACUUGUUAUCAGUAAAAGCCGAGAAGAGGAGGAUUGCAGAACGCAUGGCCGAAAUUGAGAAGGUGAAGAAACGGCGCGAGGAGCGUGAGAAGGAAAAGGCACAGCGCGAGGAAGAGCAGGCCCUGCUCGCGAGGGAACGAGCCCGAGCAGAGUUUGACGACUUCGAAAAGAAGGAAGAAGAGUUCCAAUUUGAGAUGUCCAAGGCGCGUGCGGAGAUUCGCCUGCGGGAGGGCCGCGCCAAGCCCAUCGACAUCCUGGCCAAGAACCUGAAGCUCUCCGACGACUUCGACGUCGAAAUCGACGAGCCCUAUACCGUGUUCCAGGGCCUCGCCGUCUCCGACAUGGAAGAGUUGCAGAAGGAGAUCCGCAUGUACCAGGAACUAGAUAGAGACCCUGUCCUGCACGCGGACUUCUGGGACGCAAUGAUGGUGAUCUGUGAGUAUGAGAUAGCCGAAGGGAAGAGGCGGGACGCCUUGGAGUUGGCAAGGGUGAGAGGGGAGGACCCGCCUCCCGAGUAUGCAAUCGAGGAUGCGGGGCUACAUGCGUCGGUGGAUGCGGACGUGAAGUCGAUGCUGACGGGCAAAAACCACGAGGAGCUGGCCAAGAUGGAGGCGCAGAUUCAGGAGAAGAUGGCGCAGGGUACCGCCAAGGUGGUGGAGUACUGGGAGGCCGUGCUGAAGCGGCUCAAGGUGUUCAAGGCCCAGGCGCGCCUGCGCCACAUCCACGCGCAGCUCCUCAAGGAGCACCUCGCGCGCCUCCAGGCGCCCACCCGCGAGGAGCGCGAGGGCGCGCGCGCUGUGCUGGCAGGCACCGCUCCCCCGGUAGAAAGGGAGGAGACCCCCGAGGACGAUAUCUACAGGGAGGACCCCGUGUCAUACUCCCCGGAACCCGAGCCGGAAGCAGAGCAAACGGAGGGAGCGCAAGCGGCGAAGGAACCGCCGCCGGCGGAGGAGCUGAUUGAAUACGAUGGGGCGCUGUCGCCGGAGCCGUACCGGCCGGGGGCGGAUGAGGUGGUGGUGGACGCAGAAGCGGACCAGCUGGAGCAGGACCGCAAGCGGCUGAUCGUUCUGCAGCGCGAGCGGCGGAAGGCUCAGGCGGCGAACGCGGCGCCCAGCCAACAGGACGACGACGAGCGCACCCUUACUGCGGAGGAGAGGGCGCUGGCCAACCGGGCAAUGGGGGCCGACCCGGGGGACGUCGCGUUCGGGGGAGAGGUCAACCUGGAGUCGCAGGUUUACUGGUGGCACGACAAGUACCGGCCGCGCAAGCCCAAGUACUUCAACCGGGUGCACACGGGGUACGAGUGGAACAAGUACAACCAGACGCACUACGACCACGACAACCCGCCCCCCAAGGUGGUGCAGGGCUACAAGUUCAACAUCUUCUACCCGGACCUUAUCGACAAGACCAAGGCGCCCUCCUUUGUCAUCGAGGAAGACCCCACCAGCAAGAACGGCGAGACGUGCAUGCUGCGCUUCCACGCUGGGCCGCCCUACGAGGAUAUUGCCUUCCGCAUCGUCAACAAAGAAUGGGAGUACUCGCACAAGAAGGGCUUCAAGUCUAUCUUCGAGCGGGGUAUUUUGCACCUGUACUUCAACUUUAUUCGACACAGGUAUCGUCGUUGAGUUUGAUGUAGCCACUCGUUUGCCCAUUCUUGACGGCAAGCUUUAUGACUUAGAAAAGAUGUCCCGGGUACUGCAAAGUCCUCAAGCAAUCCUGUACCGUGCAAAGGUGGUCAUAAAUAUUCACUCAUCAAACAUUGCAUGACGCAUCUUGAAAGUGCUCCGACAACGCUUGAG